AUGCCCAAACUGCAGGAAACUGGCAGCAAGAUUAUGUUUUUCUAUUUUUCACAAUUGGUCCUCAGAAUCCUGGUAAUUGCAUUUACGCUGGGUGCUGCGAUUAUCAUGGCCACAAGCCAGCAAACGGUGACCUUCUUCGGGAUUGCAAUGGACGCCCGCUACAGUUACUCCUCUUCUUUCAGGUUCAAUCUGGUUGCAAAUUGUGUAGCAUGCGGGCUCACUGUUUUGUCGGUGAUUCUUGUUAUUUCACUCAAUCCUUCAAAAUCAAAUCCCAACAAGUACUUCUAUUUGCUCUUGCAUGACAUGUUGAGUUUGGUUCUGUUAUUGUCCGGAACCUCGGCUGCAAUGGCGAUUGGGUAUGUGGGGCGAUAUGGGCAAAGCAAAACGGGUUGGAUGCCGGUUUGUGAUCGUGUGGCCAAAUUUUGCGACAAGAUUAUAGCGUCAAUUGUAUCAUCUUUUGUGGCUCUCAUUUGCUUGGUUUUGCUCACAAUCAUGUCUGCUCAUAAGCUCAAAUCUCAUGCAUAUUCCCAUGGCAUUUGA